CGGCCCUCAGAGACUAUAUUGUUUCUCUGUGUCAUACAGUAUAUGUGAGUAUAUCCAUAAUUUUGUAUUUAUUUAUUUUGUCAUGUUUAUGGAGGUGGUGACUCUUUGAGAGCUGUAUGCAAUGAAACUUCAUUUUAAUGUAUGCUGAUUAGUGUUCAUUCAAAGUGACAAUAAAGUUAGUCUAAGUCUCUUAAGUCUGUGUUAUCUAGUGUUUAGAUCACCCUCUCCAAAGUAGGGCUAGCUAAGGUGGAAAAUUGUAACUGGACAGUCAAAGGGGUGUAACCACUUUCUCUCAAAGGCACAAGGUGACAAUAGUCCUCGCUGUGGGGACCCAUAACUAUGAGUUUGUGGCGCCGUUCUUGGUGUCCCCUUCUUGUGACCAGCUGGUAGCACUAGGACCCAGGAGCUGCUCUUGAAUGUAGGAAUCAUGCUCUCUGCCGGGUCCCUCGGCUGGGUCCGAAUGCCUCCCGGAUGCCCAGCUAAGACCAGCCAACCUCUUUUGUUCUGCAGCGGCCGGGCUGAGAGGCUUCCCAUCAGACGCUCAUCUCUUCCCCACCCGCUGCCGGCCCAUUGAAACCCUCCGCUGCCGCAGAUCACAAUGCAAAACAGCGAUGUCCCUGUAGCUGAUUGCACUCUUGUUCCUGGUGCCCAAUGGAGCCAUCUCACAGGUGGCAUGUCAGCAGGGGUGAUGGGCAUCCAGCGGAGCUGCAGGCAGAGACUCGGGUAUUGGUGCCAGGAGAGAGUAGUUGGCCGAGACUGGAAAACCAUGGUGGCAACAGGCUUGAGAACCAGGUGAUAGAAAGUUGCCCUCCAGCACCUUGGGACCACUGUACGCAGGCCCCACUCAGCAGUGAUGUCACGCAGCACCAAGUGGCUAUGGAAGACAGGCCGCCUGAGAUCUACAGCAUUGCUCUGUGGGGUCCCAAGCUGCAUUCUGCACUGACUAGACACAGGGGAGGAAGGUCAAACACACAAACCUCUACUCCAAACUCUAAGCACCUGGGUCCAGCAGGAGGAGAUGCCAGUGACGAGGGAUCCUUGGUGCUGAUUGAUGCAGAAGGGGUGCCCCACACUGUGUCAAGAGAGGAAGUGGAGCUGGCUGGACAAAUGCAGUCUUCGGAGCCCGAGUUGCUGGCUUCUGCUCCACCACCACGACAGCUGUAUUUCUGCCCCAUUUGCCUGCGGACGUUCCUCUACCAGUCUGACCUGGAGCGCCACAGCAUCACCCAUUCAGAGAGCAAGCCGUAUAUAUGCCGCGAGUGUGGCAAGGCCUUCAAGCGUUCCUCCCACCUUCAGCGGCACAAACACAUCCACACCGGUGAGCGCCCUUUCAGCUGCCCCGUCUGCCGCAAGGGUUUCCGGGAAUCCGGUGAACUGUUGCGUCACCAGCGGGUCCAUACUGGGGAGAAGCCCUAUCAAUGCCAGAUCUGUCGACUGCGCUUUACAGAACGGAAUACCCUCCGCCGACAUGCCAAGCGCAAACAUGCCCGUGAGACCUACUACCAGCGCUCUGUGGAGGAAGGAGGGGGCAGUUGGACUACGGCAGGGGACUGGGAAUCAGAAAUGGUGGUAGGAAGUGGGGAUUGGGCCAGAGAGGAGCUUGGGAGUGGCUGGAGCAGUGAACCAGUGGAAGACUGGGUUGAGGGUGGGAAUCACUGGAGGGAAGCUUCAGAAAGGCAGGUGGGAAGCCUGCCUGGAGCCAUGACACAGAUAUUACAGAUGGAGCACAUCAAAGAUAAAGACAAACUUGAGAUUCAACCCCCGUAAACAUGCAGAAGUGGGGGAGACAGACCAGGACACUGAAGGAUCUGCAGAUAAGUUUGUUCUGCAGUUAUCUGUUGGAUUGAAACAUUUUCUCUGUAUGAAAGGACAUGAAACUAAAGGAAGUAUCUUCUAGAACUGUUCUACAGUAUUAAAGCCCUUCAAUAGCACUGUAUGGGCAUCACCAAAGACUAGAGAAGGCUACUGGUGGCAGGGAAUCAAGGCUGCUCCCGUUCAACGAUAUCCAGAGCUGCUAUGAAGAUAGGGGAACAUUUCAUGUUAUUAAUUCUUUUGUAGGUGGAAAUGAAACCAAGAAUACUGUUUUCCUAAAUUUUCUGUGCUUUCCUGAAGAGAACAGGAACAGGUACAGAGAGAAUUGUGUUCCUCUCACCAUUGUACCAAACAAAAUAUUGAUACAUGAUGAUCCUCUGUAAAAUGAAUUGCUCUCCCCACACACCUGAGCUGCUAUUUGUUUUGUUUUCCUUUAAAAUCCAUAUCAAUGCAAAGGGGCAUAUUCCCUUUGCAAACACUUCAAUGAAUUAACAUAUGCAAAAUAGUGCUGUCUUUUUUCCUUUCUUCCUAUUCCACUUUAAUCAAGGUGAGGGUUUAAGACCUCUCUCUCUCCACUCUCAAUAGCCUGUAGCUAUAGCUUGGGCCUAGAGCUAACCUUGUGUCCUCUAAAAUUAUCCACUUUAAUUUCCAUAUUUCUUCCAGUGAUUUUGGCAGCCAAAACCUCUGGAGGGCUCUUGUUUAGGAAAAUUAAAGCUUGAGAGAGCAGGAAAAGAUAAACCUGGAUGCACAUGUCUGUACAACUUUUCUUUUUCCUUUUAUAUUUAAGGAACAAACAAAAUCUUCAGGGACAGGAUGAGAGUCACCUUACAUACAUCCUUUCGAAAAACUGAAGAAUUAAAAGGCAACACAGGAUGAAAUAAUCUGCAUCCAGGCAUUCCUUCCUUGUAAAGAAGCCUUUUCUCUGCAGCUGGAUCUUUACACCAACUUUGAAUUCAUUGGAAUCAAUCAAAAUCACUUUUAUAUAACUCUUUUCAUCCGAUCCAGAAUGAUGGUAUUCAGGCAAAAAAUGAGCAAGGCGGUUAUGUUAGCACUUCAAUGGAAGCACUAAUUUACAUUGUCGUGUCUCAUCCUAAACAGAUCUGAAAGAUUAUUCUUAGAGGAAAAUGUUGCCGAUGGCAUUAUGAAUUCCUAACCUAGCCCUUUAACAGAAUUGUACUUCCAAGGUUCCUUGAAGGGAAACAGGAAGCUAUUUUAAUUCAAAGCUGUCACAAGCUGCGAGAUUCUCAAUGUUUCGAUUGCAAAUAAUAUUUAUGUUUUAUGUAAUGGGGGAAACAUUGGGGUUUUAUUUAUUGAACAAUAUUUGCAGUCAAAAUUUUGAGAUUCUCACAGUUUAUGGCAGCUUUGCAUUACAAAUAGCUCCCUAUUCCCCUUCAAAACACCCUGGAAAUCUUUUCUAUAAUGUUAAGUUUUAAAGUCAAGCAGAUUAAAAAGAAGCCAGGGGGUAUACGUUUACAUGCACAUUUUUGAAUAAUGAAAAAUAAGGGAAUAAUAAAAUAAGGGAAUAAUGAAAAAUAAGGGAAAAAUAAGGGCUGUCUGGCUAUUUUAGUUAAUUGCUGUCACUGGUCCAAUCAUGAAGUAAGAAAUAAAAAUGGUGAUGGAAGUGUUUUGACUGGUCAAAACAUAUUUAAGGCUUCCUGGACCAAAUGUAUGCUUGAUAAUUUUUUUUUUUACAUUUAUAUCCCGCCCUUCUCCGAAGACUCAGGGCGGCUUACAGUGUAUAAGGCAAUAGUCUCAUUCUAUUUGUAUAUUUUUUACAAAGUCAACUUAUUGCCCCCCCAACAAUCUGGGUCCUCAUUUUACCUACCUUAUAAAGGAUGGAAGGCUGAGUCAACCUUGGGCCGGGCUUGAACCUGCAGUAAUUGCAGGCUACUGUGUUCUAAUAACAGGCUUCGUAACAGCCUGAGCUAUUCUGGCCCCUAUAAUGCCGUUUCCAUGAGACUAAGUGCAUGCUGUUGCAUUCUAUCUCUUAAGUGUAGGAUCUCAGUCUUUCUGAGGGAGAAUUGGACUCUUCUAUUAAAAGCAUUAGGCUUUUGAUACAAGAAAAAGAUAAUUUGUGCAAAAUAGAAACAAGAAUACACUGAAUCACGAAACCUGUACUUAAUGUAUAUGUGUUUUAGAAAUGCAAGUAUUGGUCUGCAAUUUUUUUCUAAAGAAUAGGUUCUUUUCCUUUUAAGGCUUGCAUUUUAUAGACUCUCAAAUCUACCCAUGCACAAUACUGAACAGCGAACAUUCCUGUAUGUAAGGUCAGACAGAUAUUGUCUGUAAUAUUUGAUUAGAAAUAGCUGUCAUUUUCUGCUACUAUUCUUUGUGGGCAAUCCUAUUUACAGACUGAAUCUCCGUUUUAUCCAUAGAUAUGUGUUGUUCGUGCCAAUGCUUUUUCCUUUUUAAUAAGUUUUUAUUUGCACCUAAACAGUAAUAUAUGCAGGAAGAACUUGAGUUGAACUUGUGUGGUAUUUGUUCAACAUUACAAGCCAUUUCUUUGCAAAAUGGCGAUUUCAUUUCCACAGCACGGCAAAGCAUUUCAGAUUAUGGUUUGCUGAAAACAGAGUGACAGCCUAAUUCACAAUGUGAGCCACAAAUGCUUCAUAACGCAGAAUGGCUGUCAGAAAGAUUUAGGUUACGUUCAAAUGCUUG